UAUAAAAAGGAUCAUUCUAUAGACCAUUUAAAUCAUAAUUAACGUACAAUUGUGUAUCAUCAAUAUUAUAAAAUAUUAUAAAAUCAAAAUGAAUUUCUCAUUUGUCUUAAUUGUUGUUUUCUGUGUUUCCACCAUUGGAGCCGCUCCAUUUGGUAACCCUGAUGAUAUAAAACAGUUCAUUAAAGAGUUUGUCAACCAUUUUGAAACUGCGACUCAAGGCUGGAAAAUUGAUAGUCCACUGGAAUACAAUGUAGUCCAACUAUUCGAGCAACAUUUCCACGAGGGCGAUAUUCCUGAAUUUAAUCCUGAGCUAAGUGACAGAGAAAAUGUUGUUGAAUUAAUCAUCAUGUUCGGUAGAUAUCAAGAUCUCCCAUAUCCAGGAAUAACUCAAAACUCAACUCUAUUCGAACUUAUUGAAGUUAUACCCAAAUACAUUCCUAUUAUCUGGUUGCCCGACGAACAAGCAGCUCUAGUUUCUCAAAUUAUUAUUGACGCAAUCAUGAAACUAAACAUUCGAGGUUUGGAUAUUUCUAAAUCUCUUCGAGUUAACGUCGAAACAAUUGUCGCUAAUUCUAUCGAUGAAGAAUCAGAGAAGGCAAACUUAGGAGUUUUGGAAAGUUCACCCGAAGAAGUGGUUGUCAAUGCUGCUAUAAAUGCUCUCAAGUUAAUUCAGUUCGAAGGAUAUUCAUCGGAAUCAACUCUACACGAUAACGUCAAUACUUUUCUUGAUAAAUUUUAUUAAACUGGACGGAUUAAUCGAUACUUAAAUAAUGAAUAAUAUAAUAUAAUAAUAAUAAUAAUAAUAUAAUAAACAUUAAUUUAAUUUGCAUAA